AUGGGGGUCUCCAAAUAUAGAAUGAACAAGAAUAUGCAACGCUUCACCGUUGUGUCUGUGUUGGUAACAUGUUUCUUUUUCACAUUACACUUCUUACGAACAUCGCCAACGGAAUUGUUUGUUGUCAAUUCACCGUUCCAUUAUUCUGAUAUAUCCAAAUACACACAUAUCUUUACAUCUAUCCUAAGUCCCAAUUGCCCUGCGUUGGAUGAAUAUGAGAGGGAGUCUAGAAACUAUUGGCAAUACUAUGGGUUUCAACACCACAUGAAAUUAGACGAAGACUCUCUAUCCAACAUAUUGCGUGUUAGUGACGAGCAGGAAAAUGAAUUAGGCAGAGUCCAUAGUGAAUUGAUGAACAAAUACCUCCAUGAUGAACAUCCCCUAUACCAGCACAUGAGGAAGCAAGUUGAGCGAAAUAAUAAACCUAAUAAUAAGGGUAUUGUCUACGUUUCUGGUAAGAAUUACUAUUGGCUAACAAUGGUUAGUAUUAAAUACAUACGGGAUGUUUUGAAAGAUAAGGAAACUCCAAUUGAAAUCUUUGUACCGUUUAGAGUCAAGAAUGACCAUCAUUGUUCCAAGAUUGAAAAAGUUUUCUCUAAAGUCAAAUGUUCCUACUUCACUGAUCACUUAACGAAAACUCAAAUCAGGCAAAUCAAAGGAUAUCAGUAUAAGGCUUUGGCAUUAUUGCUAACCCAAUUUAAUGAAAUAUUAUAUUUGGAUUCAGACAACAUUCCAAUCAGUAACAUCGGAGACAUGUUUGAGAACCAGUUGUAUAAGAAAAACGGAUUUAUCUCAUGGGCCGACUUUUGGAAGAGAUCAACCAACUAUAAAUACUACAAAAUUGCAGGACUUUCGAGAUUUGCCAAUCCCAUCUCCACCACACCAUCUGUCGAGUCUGGGCAGAUACUGAUCAAUAAAUCAACACAUUUGAAGACUCUAUUACUUGCAUACUAUUAUAACCUAUACGGGCCCGAGUAUUUUUAUCCUCUCUUUUCGCAAGGAUUCCCCGGUGAAGGAGAUAAGGAAACGUUCUAUCUUGCUAGCAGGGCUUCGAACGAGCCAUCAUAUUUGAUCAAUGGCCACAAAACGAAGAGUUUUGGUUACACAAACAAAGAGGGGAAAUAUACAGGUCAGGGAAUUUUACAAGGGGAGCCAAGUAAUCCAGAUAACUUUUGGUUUUUGCAUAUGAACUAUCCAAAACUAUACGUUAAUAAGUUACUAAAAUCUGGCUACUUUGACAAAGAGAAGAAGAGACAUUGGACCAAAAUCAGACACGCACAUGAUGAUGGUAAAACCUCUGAAUUCAAGAAAAGUGCAGGAAAAGAUCUAGAAUAUGAGAUUUGGAAGAUCAUGGAUGAAUUACUUUCGACGGAUUUCAAAGGGUUUCAAGUUUUCAAAGACAUUGGGAAUGACGAAAUGGCAGACUAUGUGAAGUUACAGAUGAAGACCAUCAAAAACCAACUUUGA